GAGAUUAUUAUUACGAUUUUAUAUUGCUGAGUUUUACGUUGGCGGAGGUUUCGAUUGAAAUUUCAAAUAAAAAACUGUAAUUUUUAUUGAAAAUUAAUUGUUUAUUGUUAUUGGCCAUCAUUUCGUUGAUGAUUUCAACAAUUUGAACUGGAACAAUUGACCCGGUUGCUCUCAAAAAGACGAAUUUUUCUGACUGGCAUCAGACGCGAACAAAAUAUCGAUGUUGGAAAUUAAGGUGCGACUCUCGGUUAUUGUGUCAAUCAAUGAAAAAAGUGCUUUUCAUUCCAACUUUCAGUCAAUAAACAAUUGAUGUUUGCAAGAAAAUGUGAAAAUGAACUUUCGAUCGAAACAAAGUUAAUUUAAAGGAUGUAAAGUAAUAGAAAAUUAAUAAAAUUUCAAUAAAAAUUUUGUAACUCGGUUCUAUAUGCUUUGAAUAAUUUAUGUUAAUAAGUGGGUGUGUUUGGUUCAUACAAUAAAAACUUGAACAAAAUUUUGAGUGGACAUUGUCUCGUCUUCAUUUUUAUGAAAUCUACCAACGUUUAGUUUUAUCGAAAUAAAUAAGUGCAACGCAUAACUAACAAUCAGCAAGAUUCGAAGACGAACACAGCACAUUUUCGUGCAAUUUUGGUUCAAACGAGCUACCUGUACAUCAUUUUUUUUCUCGACACUACACCCAUUUGCUAGACAAAAUGGGAGCGAAAGGCAGUGUGGAAGCUGCAAAAAUGAAUUCGGAUAGUUGGGGACAGCAUAUUGAGAGAGGCAGCCGAUACGGUCACAGGCACAACCAAAGGUCUCAAUCACUUAACCGAGGACAAGCUCUAUCUCGCGCGGAGGUAGGCGGGAUGUGGUGACACCAGGGGACCUCAGGAGGGCAGCCGGGAAGCUGUGCUAGUUGUGUCAUGGGAAAUAAAUUAAGUUGUUCGUGUGCGCCAUUGAUGCGCAAAGCUUAUCGAUAUGAAGAUUCACCAUGGCAAACUUCUCGUAGACGGGACGGCCAUCUCCUGAG